GAGGUUAAAAUAGUGACCCCUCUUUCUAGUUGGGCCCAACUAGAAACGACCCUUGAGCGAAUGUUUUGCUUCGCGGUGGAGCGGAAGCUGUUCAGCUGGGACGAGGUGACCGCGGAUCAGGUCAUUUCGGGGAGCCUGGGCACAAUCGACGGGCCGGAGGACGGCGAGGUGACUCAGAAGCUGGUGGAGAUUUUCAUGGGCGCGGGGUACAACGUGAUGGUGAUCAAGAGCGAUCACCGCAUGGAAGGCGGCCCGGAUUCCGCCAAGGUCGAGGUGUGACACUUUUGGGAUAACUCAGAAUUUACGGCGUAUUACAAGAAGGGACCCUUCGAGGUUGCGAAUACUGGAGAUGGUGGGUUUGAGAACUGG